UUGUAUGGAUUAGAGGGAAAAAGAAAGAAGAAAACUAGAAGAGCCCAAAUAUGGCCCUGGCAAAACGUGUGUGCUUGAAAGACUUAAAACUGUUGUAACUUAGGUUAACUAUCUCACCCACUCUAUAGCAAAAUUCUUCCUGAGUAUGGUCAAUCCCAUAAUGAUAAUAAGGUUUAAUAAGAGAGACAUCCGUAUAAAGUUUAUUCUUUAAUCAAAAACCCUGUUCAACAAGAAAAGUGAUUCAAAUAUCGUGAAGACACAACAUACAUGAGAGACUAAUAAUCUCUUUCCGUUUUCAGCUCACCAAAUCAAAACUGCUGGUUGUACAAACAAGAAAACACAAACUAUAUUUCUAGCAGUAGAAUCACACCAAAACAACCAGUCCAUGCAUAACUACGACAUUUCCUAUCAUCUCAACAUCAUGAAUUCACUAAUUAGCACCAUUAACAUGACUCAUUCCUCUUCUUCCCCCCCCUCUUCAUCAUCCUUAUUUGCACAUUCGACAAGUUUGUUUCUCUUGCCAGAGAUACAAAUGAUGGAAAUAUUCCUGGCCGUUGUUGUUUUCAUUGCUAUACAUUCUUUAAGGCAAGCCAAAAACCAAGGACUACCAAACUGGCCACUCGUAGGGAUGUUGCCUUCUUUGAUUUUAGGCCUUCGAAAAGACAUGUAUGAGUGGAUUUCUGAUGUUCUAUGUAGGAUGAAUGGGACAUUUACAUUCCGGGGUCCAUGGUUUACCAACCUCAACUGUGUGGUGACAUCCGAUCCCCGGAAUCUUGAGUAUCUUCUCAAGACAAAGUUCUCAAAUUUCCCCAAAGGAGACUACUUCCGGAGCACUGUCAGAGACCUCCUGGGAGAUGGAAUAUUCAGCGCAGAUGAUGAGAUUUGGCAGAAACAGAGGAAAACAGCCAGCAUUGAAUUCCAUUCUGCCAAGUUUAGGAACAUGACAACAGAUUCAUUGUUGGAGCUUGUUCAUUCUCGUCUCUUACCUGUGUUGGAAGAUUCAGUCAAGCAAUCAGUCCCUAUUGAUCUUCAAGAUGUUCUCCUUAGGCUCACAUUCGAUAACGUCUGCAUGAUCGCCUUUGGGGUUGAUCCAGGGUGUCUCCACCCUGACUUACCCCAAAUUCCAUUUGCCAAAGCUUUUGAAUCAGCAACUGAGGCAACUGUUCUCCGGUUUGUCACUCCUACGCUUGUCUGGAAAACCAUGAGGUGCCUAGGGUUAGGAACAGAGAAGACGCUGAAGCAUUCGCUUAAAAAAGUGGAUGAAUUUGCUGAUGAAGUAAUCCGAACAAGAAAGAAAGAGCUUUCUUUAGCAGAUAGCAAACAGAGAUCAGAUCUUUUAACAGUGUUCAUGGGGUUAAGAGAUGAACAAGGAAGGCCUUUUUCGGAUAAGUUCUUAAGAGAUAUAUGUGUCAACUUCAUUCUAGCUGGAAGAGACACUUCUUCAGUUGCAUUAAGCUGGUUUUUCUGGCUCUUGGAUAGUAAUCCGGAGGUUGAACAAAGGAUUUUGUCUGAAAUUUAUAAGAUUUUGAAUGAAAGGGAGGAUGCUAUUAAUAAGGAAGAAGAUGGAAGUCCAUUGAUUUUCAAGCCAGCAGAGAUCAAGAAAAUGGAGUAUCUACAAGCUGCUCUUUCUGAGGCUCUCAGAUUAUACCCUUCUGUCCCAGUUGAUCACAAAGAGGUUGUUGAAGACGAUGUUUUCCCAGACGGGACGGUACUGAAGAAGGGAACAAAGGUGAUAUAUGCAAUCUACACAAUGGGAAGAAUGGAAGGGAUAUGGGGGAAAGAUUGCAGAGAAUACAGACCAGAGAGGUGGCUGAGAGAUGGGCGGUACAUGAGUGAACCCGCAUACCGCUUCACGGCCUUCAACGGAGGACCUCGGCUUUGCUUAGGCAAAGAUUUUGCUUACUAUCAGAUGAAAUUCGUGGCUGCAUCUAUCCUCUGCCGAUACCAUGUCAAGGUAGUGGAAGGCCAUCCGGUUAUGCCCAAAAUGGCUCUUACUAUGUACCUCAAGGAUGGACUACAAGUCAAGCUCUCCAGGCGUCAUAUAUCUCAACCUCUGAACAACAAAUCCUACUAAUUACUUCAUCUAGCUGUGUAAUGUUUGUACUUUCCUUUCUCUAUUUUCCUCUUUCUUUUUUUUUUUUCUUGUAUUUUUCAUUAAUAUAAAGAACACUUGUAUUGAGAAGAAAGAAACGAAAAUGGGGGCGAGUAGUAUGGAGAAAGGGAAAGCAAAAAAAGAUUGAAUUAGAUGCAUAAGGUGAGUGAUUGGAAUAAUAGAUUCUGUGUUGAUUGCUA